GAUUAACGUGUAGAUGUCAAUUUUGUUACUUUGCGCUUUGCAUGGAAGUACAAAAGUGAAGUAUUUCUAGUCAGACUAUAUAGGUCUACCCGGAUAAUUUAAAUUAUUCUACGUGGUUAUUUAGUUGUAGUUAUAACUGAAAAUUAUUGAAAAUGGAUGUCUUUCUUAUGAUACGAAGAAAAAAACUUACAAUUUUUACUGAUUGUAAAGAUACUACGUCUGUCUAUGAACUGAAAAAGAUUAUUGAAGGUAUUUUGAAAGUGGCACCCGCAAAUCAAUUAUUAUUCAAUAAGGAUAACCAGCAAAUGAACGAUGAUGUUAUGCUUCAGGAUUAUGGAUUAAAUUCAGCUACUGCUAAAGCUCAAUCACCGGCACCCAUUGGUCUUGCUCUGAGGCUUGAAAAUGGCGAGUUUGAAACAUUAGAUAUGACUCCAUUUUCCGCACCACCCGAUUUGCCAGAUGUUAUGAAAUCUCAAGAUAGUAAUGGCCAGGAACAGGUUUUUAAACAUCCCAGGGACUUGAACAGUCAAAACGCUAUUUGAGUUGGGAACACAGAUUUACUUCUCAGACAAAUUUUGGAUUGGCCAACUUUGAACUUUAAACUCUACCAAAAAGGUGCUCCUUAUUACAAUUACAAUCUGUGCCAAAGCCAAUCAAAUGAAUCAAUUACAUUGAUUAAUACAUUAAGUAAUUGAAGUCAUGAUAUAUGCAAAAGUCUAGGCUGUAGCAAAGUAAUGGAUUUUAAUAUAAGGAGUCAAUACAUAAUUGAACAAAACUAAUCUAUUUAUUUACUUAUUGUAGCUAUAUUUUUUUAUUUUGUGCUUUGCAUAUUUAAAUAACUGAGAAGUAUAUAUGUUUUCUUGAU